AUGCAUAUAAAUGUAUCACCAACUCCACAUCCUCCUCGAAUACGACGUGUGAGUCAACAUGAAUUACAAAGCUUCUUUCCGAAUAUUAGAUCCAAUCGCGUUAGUUCAAAUUCAACAACAUCAAUCCGUUUAUCGCAAGGUUCCGAAGCUUCCCGCUCAUCUUUACUGAAUCGACAAAGUUUACAACGAGGAAACAACAGCCAAUUGAGUCGACAAAGUUGUGGACGGGGAAAUAACAGCCAAUUAAAUCGACAAAGUUUUGAACCAGCAAACAACCGACAAUCAAAUCAACAGAAUGAAUCUGAAUCAGAAGAUAUUAAAUUGAGAAGGAAAAGAUCAUUCCGACGAUGGUGCACUGCUGUGACUAUUUCCACUUUAUUGAUCACAUUGGGUGCUAUUAUUGCAACUAUUAUACUAUUGCUAAUGAAACCAUCAACAUCGACUAGUAGUUCAACAUCAACUUCAUCAACUAGCAGUACAAGCAGUACAAGUUCAACAUCAUCAACAAGUACAUCAACCAGUUCAUCAACAUCAUCAACAACUUCUACUAUAUCAACUACAUCAACAACAAGCACAAGUACAUCAACAUCAACAACCUCGAGUACAUCAACAACAACGACCUCAUCAUCUUCAUCAACAUCAGCAACUACAUCAACUUCUACAACUACAACAACACAAAAUCCAAUAAUCGCCUCUGUAAGCGAAAGCAAUAUAACAGCGGAUCGAUGGAGCUUGAUCAGAUGUUCUUACUUGGCAGCCAUAUCAGCCAAUCUAACACUGGUAUUUACUCUUGACCCAGCCCAUAAAAAUUAUUGGUAUAUGGAUGAUAUGUCUGUAAAAGAUCCAACAUCAGUAGAAAUGCUGACAAACGGUAAUUUAGAGACCAGUCCAUUACUGACUGGAUGGAGUACAGUAUGUGGAACUAUAUCUAGCACUCGUUCUAAUUCAUCGAGCCACUCUUAUUAUGUCGAUUAUUCCUCGUGUAAUUCUGCAUCGAUCUCACAAUCAUUUGCUGCCAUCGGUGGUCAAGUGUACAUUGUUACUUUUUGGCUUUAUCUCGAUGAUACUCCCUCUGGUAGUAAUGGCAACCCUACUGUGGUUGCGACAAUGAAUUAA